GUUUGCCUUUACAAGCAGUGAACUGGCCGCCCCCAUUGCCUCUGACGAAUCAUGCCCAACAUGUUCCUCUUCUUUUUCUUUAUUCCAGUGGCAGCAGCACAAAUAAAUCUUGGUCAGUUCUCCUUAAAUCCUUCCCCUGAAGGUGGAUUCAAUCUUGGCUUAAGCCAAGGUGGGAACAUUCUCGGAUUUGGUGGCCAUCGUGCUCUGGGUGUUUCUGGAAAUCCAGCUGGAGUUGGAGUGAGCGGAACCGACAAUGUGAUCAUUGCCAACGAAAGGAUCGGCGUUGAUUCCGGUCUCGGCGUGAGACAAGGUCGAGGGAUUGACCUGGGUAGUAUGCUUCAGUUCGGGAAUAAUCCGAGUCCAAUGCAACCAGGAGGUCCAUUGGGAGGCUUGUUGGCCAAUGUGAAGAACUUCUUUGACAGUUUGAUUCCACAGCCUGUUUUCCAACCUCCAAUGCCUCCACCCCGACGCCGACCAAGGCCAAGACCAGCAACAAGACCUCGACGGCCACCUCCUCCUCCACCUGAAGAAGAUUACUGGGAGGGACCAGAGAAUGCCGUCCCACGGGGACCGCCUGGUAUCCCACAGCCGGGACAGGGAUCUUGGCCGAGAUCAGCCGCACCACUACCUGAGCACCCAAUAUGGCAAAUUCCUUCACAAGGACAAAGUCAAGGAAUGACUUCGCCCCAAGGACCUACACCGAUUUCUCGAAACCAGAGGAUAUCAACAGAAGGAGGGGUGGGACCAGGUAAAUCAGAUCAUCCCAGUCAUUUAAUUCUAGCUCAAAAGACCGAUGGUUUCUUGCCUCGACCAUGGGAAACCGAAGAAAGCAGUGGACCUGUCGAUGGUAGUGCUACUCCAAUGCGACCUACGACUUCUCCAAAUAGCGAGUUUCCCACGCUUCUUCCUGAACGUUCAGCAACCCCACCGCUGAUCCCUGAAGCCAUAGAAGCACCAGAUGCACUCGAAACAAAAGAUCGACCACGACAACUUCCUGGCAUGGUAGAGAUGUCUCAUCACCCAUCAUAA